AUGCGCGACGAAAGUGUCGUCGAGAGAAUCGUUCGUGCUACAAAUCAUCUCCGUGUUGCCCUUCUGUCCGGUUACACCACAUACAGAGAUUUGGGCACCGAAGGGCUGCGCUCAUACGACGCAAACCUGAGAGACUGUGUUAACCGAGGUCUGGUACCCGGCCCGCGACUCUUCGUGGCCACCGAGUGUCUCGCCAGCACUGGGUCCUACCAGGUCCGUCACGAGAACUCGUGGGCGAAACUACCGCGCAUUUCGGACCCGUGCGACGGUCAGGUAGGCGUGACACAGGCUGUCCGGCGUCGUGCGGCCGAUGGGGCGGACAUCAUCAAGUUCUACGCGGACUAUCGGCGCAAGGUGAUGCGAUUCCCAAAUUCAAAGGAACCAAUCCCGUUUCUUCCCUCGGAGCCCAACCCGACUGUGGUGAUGUUUAAUCAAGAGGAGAUGGACGCCAUCGUCAAGGAAGCCAAGCUAGGCGGGCUACCCGUGGCGUGCCACGCAGGGUCAGCCAAGGGCGCACUCAUGGCUAUCAAGGCCGGCGUCGACACCGUUGAGCACUGCCAAGAGGCCACCGAUGAGGUCUUUCGAGAAAUGGCGCGCCGUAGUACCAUCUUCGUCCCGACGCUCGGGAUCAUGAAGACUUCGCCUGAUUUCAGCAGCAUCGCGAAGAAGACCAAAAGGGCACACGACCUCGGUGUGCGUCUUGCUGCCGGGGGCGAUACCGGAACAUUUCCUCACGGGGAAGGUGCUUUUGAAAUGGAACUCAUGAUCCAGGCCGGGGUUCCCGUCGUGGAUGUGCUGGAAGCAUGUGUGAUGGGAGGCUGGGAAAGCUGCGGUAAGGAGAAGAGCGGCUUCUACUUUGGUUCCAUCGAGAAGGGCUACCGAGCCGAUAUCAUUGCCUUGGACGCGGACCCGAGAGAAGACGAGGGAGCCUUGAGGAAGGUCAGCUUUGUCAUGAAGGACGGCAAGGUCUGGAAGAAGGACGGGCGAGCAGUCGGCUUCUUCGAUGAGCAGACGGUUGAUUCGAACCCCAGCACCGAUGAGGAGUCGGAUUGGACUUUUGUUUGA